ACUAUAGGACUUCGGCAUUCGGGAAUCUGUGGUCUGCGUGUCUGUGUCAACGCCCCGCCGUCUCAGUAAUGCUCGCCUUCUGGUCGUGGACCUUGCUCGAGCGCGGAAGUCGAAGCCGGACGCGACGGGCUGCGCCGGAGCGGGCGAUCGCCCGGUUAUUACGGAGUGGACUCUAGCGCGAAUGCAGACACGGACGCGGAGCACUGCACGUACGUGCGCACACUGUGUGUCCCGAGAUCAUGUACGCCCGCUCUUCAACACCACGCUCGUCCCUCGCUCCGCGCCCUGUUCUCCGUCUUCCGCCACCCGCGCCUCGGCUUCCUUCCAUCCAGGCGCGGACCUCUCAAGCCUUCGGGUUCGUGACGGCAACCUCGUGGCUCCCCCCGUCACGCACACCGCUCUUCCGCUUCUGCACGAAGCUCGAUGACGUACCCAGAGCCCGCGCGUGCCUCUUCGGGCCACCCUACCUCGGCUGUCGCUUCGAGAGGAGAAGGCAGGUUGCCCGAUCUAGAGACGCGCGCAAUGUUCGAUUUGGAGUCUGGUGCGUGCGCUGUGCUACUCGGCCGGGUCCUCAUUCCCUCAGUGGUAGCGGCCCUCGGAUCGAGCGUCGACGGCCGAGUAGUAGCGAGGGGGAGUGGCUUCUGCGUCCCCCUCGUUGUGCUUGUUGCUGGGCGGAUGACGUGCAGGCGGGGACGACGGCGGUCUUGACAGGCUCGCGAUGCGUUCUGGCCACGGGUCGACGGCAGGACAGGAAGACCGACUGCCCGACAAGCUCAAGGGUGGGCUUCCGUGUCUGGCGAUGGGCCCACUGUGUCCGACGUCUGGAAUGGCGCGAGUGGCUCGUCCAUCGAUCGCCCUUGCACGCGAGGUUGGAUACGAAAUGGAGCAGACACUCUUCUGGGUUCCUGAAUGGAGGCGAGGCUGGGAUCGAAUACUCUGUUCUGUGCCACAGUGUGCUCCGGUGCCCUGGUUCCUGUUGGCGACGAAGAGCACGCUGCCAGUGGGCCGAGGAGCGCACAGGGACUUCGUCGUAUAUUCUUGCCGAAUCCAUGACGUUCGCAGCCCGGAGGAGAAAGCGGAUCGCGCGAACAGUCCGACCCUCGACGAUCUUUGCCGGAUCCUGCCCACCAGCACGGACGCGUUCAGUUGGCGCGCUCCGGAAGGGGAGCGGGCCAUUCAGAGGUCUGCCGCCCGUUUUGGCAUCUAUUUCCAAAGAUGUGACUGGUGCGUUGGGUCUCGAGGCGCGGGUUCCCCAUGUAGGCGAACAAGCUACCAGCUCGGCGGGCGAUCUCGCGUCGUCUGCAGGGUCGCUCGGGGUGUGCGCGUUUACGAUCGAGCUUGCUUUCCCAGUAGCGCUUGGGCCAAUUGCAUUCGCGCGUGUUCGUGGUAGAAGAACGCGAAACUUGCCUUCUUCUAUAAUGGAGCGUCCCGUAGUGCGUGCCCUGCUUUCAUGCCACCCGGAGAGCAUGCUAUCUCCGCAAGUCUGGCACCCGGGGUGGCUUCGCACGACGAGCUCAGCCUCCAGCCAAUCGUGCCUUCAAGUUGCUCUCGACUUCCGCUAUGGGACGUCGCUUCUGGACGCACGAGUCUUGUCAAGUGAACAGGCACCGCACCCUCCGAGGUCCGGGCAAGCUGUACGCUGUACAACAACGCCCAGGAUCCGGUCCUAAUUGUCGGACUCGCGACAGCGCAACAAUCAAUCGAUGCUUGUCCUUAACGACCAAGGGACGCAAACGAAGGGAACGAGACGCGGUCGCUAGUACUAGUGUUCAUUCCGUGCUGAGCGGACAUGCAGAUGCUCAUUUGCCGCUAGUCGCCCAUCAAUCUACGCCGCCCCAAGUUGGGCCCUUGCCCCAAGUUAGACUCGCAAUCGGACGCCGGCCUGCCAGUGUCCACUUCCCUGCGACUGCCUCCGGAGCCCGAGCGCACGGGCCUCCCGAGUCGAGGGUUGCCGCCGGCUGCCCGACAUGGUAUGGUGUGGUGCACUCCGGAGGGCAAGACAGACCCUCGAGUUCGCUGAGCACGUUCCGUGGGAGGCGUGGGCUGGCUGGGCUAUCUCUGAAUCACGGAUGAUAGACAAUAAUGAAGUC